AUGCGUCGACCUCGGCCCAAGUCGUACGUGCUGGCGACGUCGGCCAGCAUGCAGGAGGACGGCGAGCAUCCGUCGUUCAGCCAGGACGAGACGAGGUCUCGAGUUUCCUCAUUUGUCUCCUCUUUCGGCUCCCCUUCCAUCUACUCUCGCCUCUUUUCAUGAUAUCAAAAUUUUCCUAUUUUGGUCGAUUCUAGUCUCUAUACGUCGUAUAAUUUAUUUACUUGUGAAAUAUGUGAAGUGAUUUAGUCCAUAUCCAUUUGUGAUCAGUAAACUUUAAUUUAUUCUCGAGCCGUUUUGAUGAAUAUACUGUUGUUGCUAACAAUAUUUUCAUUUUUGUCCGAGUUUUCUGGAAUAUUCUGAAAGCCUGCAAACUUUACUGUUUCCCUAGAACUUGGAAAAUCCAACCCUUUUCUAUUAUUUGAUCGCUAGUUUUUUUUCACACUUUACUUGGACCUCGGUUACGCAAACCGGACGUUUCUGAGGACUUCUAGGGGCCGCUCUAGUGGCGUCAGAACUCUUAAGUGGUCCCUAGACUAGCUCAGGAACGUCCAGAGCACGUCCGGUUUUGUUACCGAAGUUCGAGAGAAGUCCGGUCCAUAGAGCAACUUUACUGCGAUUUUUCAUUUUUUAGAAAAUCGGAAGUUUUGUAAAUUACGAAUUUCCGGGUUUAGAUGUACUGGGAAAAUUUUUAGUGGCCACUAUAGAGGCUCGCCAAGGACUACUUGGAGAGGACACUGAAGUGGCCACUUCCAAUAAUUUUUAUAAUUUUUGAAACAAAAAGAGUGGACCAGUUAUCCAUUGACCCCUAAAGUGACCACUAAAAUUUUGAGUGGUCUAAUAGUAGCACUUAGACCUCUACAGUGGCCACUAAUUUUUAACCCCUUAAGUAACCACUAAUACUAUAGUGGUCACCAACACGUCAAAACCCUAUAGUAACUAAAAAUUUUCCCAGUAGUAGAAAGUUUAUUUGAGCAGGUUUCAGGAGAUUCCAGAGUGCAAAAUAAACCUUUUUUUAAAAUUUCAGCCGCGACAUGUCGUCGAUGGGCUCGUUGUCGUCCGUCGAACACACCUCGAGAAGUCUCAAUGCUCCUCAUCCUCCAGCCUCCCACCGACUUCAUCGAUUCAUCGCCCUGUUCAGUCAUAAUGUUGGUGAAUUUAGUCGAGUUGUCUGUAGAUUCUAUUUAUCAAGACAUUAGACUAACUUAGGAACGCCAGAGCGGUCCCUAGAGGGGCAAUCUGAAGAGCAUAGGAAGAUUUCCGUUUUUGAGAUUGUCUUACCUUGCUCUGUAUGAGAGUCUGAAGCUUACAAAACUGGCCAGUUUAGUGAUUUUAGGAAGGGACAACUCUAGGGGAGCAUGUUAUUCGUUUUUUUCACUUGAAAAUUUGCAAGGCCAGGGUUUCUAGGGUUCCAGUUAGUGGUCCCUCUAGGGGACCUGUUAAUCGUUUAUUAACAUUAAAUCUAUGAGAAGAAUAAUUUUCAUGUAAAAAUCUCAAUAAAUUCGGGUUUUUCACAAGAAAAUAUCAACAGAGAUUUUAUUAAGUUUUUUUAAAUUUUAAAACCUGAGAAAGAAGAUUGAAAGAACCCUAGAGGGACCACUCAAGUUUUGAGGCUUGGAAGUCAGAUCAUAAGUUCUUAUAAGGACCUUUUGAAUUUCACCCCUCUAGGGAGCGCUAUUUUGUCACCUAUAGGGUCUCUUUUUCCCCUAACCCCUCUAGGGACCACUCUAGAGUUCCUAACAAGAACUUUUUGGAAAAAAAUUAGCGUCGAAAACCGAGAUUAGCCUGUCUGUCCAAGAAUGGUUGGCAAAAAGAAAAUACUCCAUGAGUAAAUUUGAAAUUUUAAAAAUUUGUAGAACUCAAAAAGGUAUCAUUUUUCACUGUUUCUCACAAGAAAUAGAAUGAUCUUUCUUGCUAAUUUUUCAAUCAAGUUCGAGAAAUGUAGUAUAAUUUUCUCAGAAGUCCACCGACGGCACUCCAGAAGCGCCGAAGCAGAGAAUGAAGCGUUCGAGGACUUCUUUGCCUUCGAGUCGAGUUCCUUUUCCUCCGACUAUCCUUCAAAGGGACCUCAUCGAAAGACAGAACUGGGUCAAGCAUCAGGUAGACGAGCCAAGAAAAAUCAAAGAAUUUCGGGAAUUUCAGGAGAUUGCUCUUGGAAAGUCUGGAAAACGGCGUCAAUGGGACGACCGAUGGGCGAUUCUGGUCGAGCGAAGUCUAUUCCUUUGCCUCCAGCCGCCCAGUUUCAGCAAUGAGAAGGUAGUGGAAUUCUUCAAUUCUAAAAAAAUGUAUUUUUUCUAAGUAAUAACCGUUUUUCACAGUCCUAGGACCUAGGAGGCUACACAAUUUUUCAAUAAAUCAUGAUUUUUUCCGAUUUUUCCAAUAGAACAAUGAUAUUUGCGGAAAAAAAGACCUUGUGCACUACUUAAAAAUUUAAAUAAAUUGAAAUUUUUUUAAAAUACGUUUUUACACGCUAUUGCGAUACUCAAAAAAAGAUUUUUUUAAAUAUUCGGAGAAAUCAUCGAUUUUUUGACUGAUAACAAUUACUUGAAAAUUUAUGAAUGUCAAAAAAAAUAUUUUUUUCAAUGAUUUUUUGAGUCAUAAGAGGCACCGAGAAUCUGAAAAAAAUUGAUUUAUUCUCCUCUCAAAUUUUUUUCUUCUUUUUUUGCGAAGGUGUCAAUGAAAAACCCAUUAUUUCGAAGAUUAGAAGAUCGUUUGAAACUUUUUUUAAAAUUCUAUCAAGAAAUCAUUCAUUUUUUUGUUGUGACUGGAAUUCGAAUUCAAAAAGCCCAAAAAAAUUUUUCAAUUUUUUUCGUUUUUGGUUCAUUUUUUUGAAUUUCUGAGUGGGAUAUGCUAUUUUAAAGUCAAUUUUUAUGUUAUAAAUUUGUUUUUUUGAAAAAUUUGCGCAUUAUUUUUUUCCGUUUUUUUCCUUUCUAGAAAAAUUUUUGAGUCCACUUUAUCAUUUUUCUCGUCCCUCAAUGUGUAGAUUUUUUUCUCCAUCUAUAUAUUUAUAUUUCGAUUGAAAAACCUUUUCUUUCAACAAGGAUGUAGUUUGAGAAGUUGGGUUGUAACGCGGCUCAAAUUUCACAGCUGCAAGUUUUUUUUUCGAGUGAUCUCUCUCUCGUGGUUCAUAGGUUCUACACACGGAACUUUAUUGAUGAGAAAAUUUCUAUGUAGUUUGAACGAUAGUUAUGUAGAGAGCAUCAAAUUUCACAUCUUCAAGGUUUUUUUAGCAAAUAAUUUUUCAGUUUCACGAAAUUUUUCUCCAUUCAUUCAGAUUGAAAUUUUAUUGAUAAUAAUUUCGACUUCUUAAAGACUCAAAAACAUGGAAAGAUGAAAAGUUAAUAGACUUUCCCUAAAGUUAUCAAGAAAAUGACAUUUUAUUUUACUCAGGAGCGCCAGAGGUCCCUGAAGGGGUCAGCUAAAAAACAGCUUAGGAGACAGAAUAGGUGCUCCCUGUAGAAAUCAAGUUUGGAGGAUCCCUACUAACUAAAUCAUCUUGUAGGCGCCACUUUUGGGAGUUUUAGUGGCCCCUAUAGUGGGGAUAAAGUGGGCCAUAGAACCUUCAAGGACCACUAUGUUUGCUUCUAUAGGGUCCACUCUGGCGACCCUUAGGAAGACAGCAUUUUGAUUACCAGAUUAUAAGAUUCAAGGAAUAUUUUACUUGAAGAGCAUACGUCAGCUGGAUCCCACCCCGGGGUGCGGCCGUUUCAUAUUAAAGUAUGAAAAUCUUUUAGCUCGAUUACGGAUUCUUUAGACCAUUCUUAUGAUUGUUUUUUUAUCAUUUUCAGACCGAACUUGAAGGAUUACUAUAAUUUUUUGUAUUUUCCAGGUCGUCGAGCUCGGAGCCCACACGCGAAUCGACAUCCAGUCCUCGAUCGUCGACAUCGCCUACGACUAUCUGUCGUCGACGCCGACCAAGCAACGUCACGUCGUCCGGCUCGUCACUCAGACUCGUUGUGAACAUCUCAUCGAACUGGCCACGUGAGCCGAUUCUUGUCCCUUUUUGUGUAUAUCAUCCUUCGGAACAUGAUGAAUUCUAUAUAGCAGUUGGAAUGACUUUUUUUCGACUGAUUUAUGGCUUGAAAAACGGCCAAGAAAGCCUUUUAAAGUUUGAUGUUUGGAAAACUAUGAGUUUAGUUCUAUUUGACAAUUCUUUUCAUCGCAUGAGCCGAUUCUUGUCUUUUUUUGUGCAUUUAAUCCGUCGGAGCUUCAUGGUUCUAAACUAGAAGUUGGAAUGUGAUUUAUAGCAAGAAGAAAAGAAAAUCUUAGAAAAAUUCUCAUUUUCUUGAAAGUUUACAAAUUUUUGAUGUGACGGGAAAAUUUUAGAAGUUGAAAAUUUGCUUUUUGAGCAUUCUGGACUCACCGUUUGGACUAUAAUAAUAUGUUCAUUAGGCCUAAUUCUUAAAUUCGUUUUUUUCGAGUUCCUGUGAACAAAGGUUGAAUUACGGUAGUCAAAUUCGAUUUUUGUAGGAUUCUCUGGGAAAAAAAGUUGAGCUAGUGUGAAGAUUUGAUUUUACUUUGCAUAAAAUUAAAGAAGAAAUUAGAGUACUUGAUGGGAAGAAUAACUCGAAAAUGGAGGCCAUGUAGGUUUUCAUACUUCUGUCGGCUUGGCUUCAUGAUUUUCUCAAUUUGAAGCUCUUGCUUUUUUUUUAUAGUCAAUUUUUAGAAACUUACAGGUUUUUGUCAUAUAUAAUUGAUUUUUCCAGGGAGUCCGAGAUGCUGUCGUGGAUCACGGUCCUCCAAUCGAGCUCCGAAGGGAAUUUCGAGCCGGAAUCUCCGAGCUCCGCGGCGGCGCCUCUGCCGUCGACGGCCGAGGAACGGAUCUCGCCGCCGUCUUCCGCUUCCGCCAAACCCCAACUUCACAAUUCCUACUCGGUUAGUCUUUUUCGGAGGUUGUUGUGAGGUUGCUGUCACCGAAAAGAGGAAGGAAAUCGCCACACAGGAAAUUGACUUUCUUCAAAUUUUCCUCCCCCAAAGUCUUCUUUCACGUGUUUUUCCAUGGGUUCGCAAGUCAGAGAACACUUUACACGAUCGAGGUGACAGAGAGGAUCGUCUUACUUUUAUGAAGUGCUUUGAGCUUUUUUUCCAAGGUUAGGGGCUGAAUGAAACUUUUUUAUUGACUUCGGAAGUUCUUGAGCGAAAAAAAGAAGGCUGAAAAUUUUUUUCGAAGUUGGUUCUUACUGGCUGAAACUCUAGCGGCCGCUUGAGUGGCUUCUAAAGAACUACUUAGAGAGGAUAUCUCUAUUCAAGCGUCCUAGUGGCCACUAUAGUAGUUUUUACUGAUCUAGUAGUAUCACUUGGACUUUUAAAGAGGCCGAUAAAGUUUAGCCACUGAAGUGACUACUAAUUCGACUAUUAUAAAGGCCAAUAAAACGUCAUAACCCUAAAGGGGUCACUAACUUGUUCACUAUUGUGACCACUGAAAGGUCAAACCCCUAAAGAGCCCACUGAGAAUUUAGUUUUUGCUUCGUUGUUUUUUGCCGAGAUUUUGUUUUUUGCCCUCCAUUUGGCUAUCAGAAAAAGGUUUUUUAUUCGCAUUGAAACAACUUUCCAGUUUCAAAAACUAGUCAAAUCAAAUCGAAAUGUUGAGGUCAACAGUAAAUCAAUAUCCCUAUCUGAAAAACGUCGUUUUUCGAAGUUUCAGGCGUGACUUAUCAGCUUAUCGAUCAGAUUUAAUAAACUAACCUCAUUUAAAAACUUUUUUUGAGUCUAUUUGCCGCACUCAUUUCAUUCUUCAUUGAUUUUUUUCAGUUUAUUUGUUUUUAUGAAGUUCGAGUUUAUAAUUAAAACCUGUUUCAUGUUUUUUGAAGUACAAGAGUUUUUGAUUUAAAAAAAAUUUCAUUUUUGGUCAGUUUUUUUAGAAACCUUUCUGGGAUUCUCAGAUCUUGGUUGAAUUUUUGAGGCUUCUAUGGGUUCUUUUUUUCACAUCCUCAAUUGCACGUUUUGAACUCAGCUUUUUGCUAGUUUAUCACCCAGAAAGCCUACUUUUUUCCCUGAUGCAGAAACUUUCCGUGUAAGUUGAAAAAAAUAAAUUUUUUCUGACUCAAAAUCUCAGAAAUUCCUCCCUAUAAGCUUGAAACUUUUAGUCAUCUUUCUAUAUUUUAUCGGGUUUUUUUUCAUCUUUCUUUGAAUUUUCUUUUCAUUUUUCUUCAGAAGCAAAAAACGUCUAUGUGUAGAUUCUGCGCCUGCCUUUUUUGAAUAGAAAAAGCUCAAAAGACGGCGUUUUUGAAAACGUCUUUUCUUGCUUUUUGAAAUCCCCGGAUGUGGAUCAAAGAAGAAAAUUGGGAACAAAGUGUGGGGACGACGGCGACGACGACUUAGAAGGGAAAGAAGGAGGAGAGGAAGAGGCUAAUGUCUCGGAAUGCAACACGAGAUUCGGUUGCCCCUUUUGGGUUGCACACGCAUCUCCGGCCGUUCUUCUGCUUCUUUCCCGCCCGUCUUUUCCCCCUUCUUGGUCGCUCAUUUGCUGCUGUCGAGCCACUGGCCUAUCUAUAGAUCUGCUCAUCAUCAAGCUUUUCCCCACGACUUGCUUCUCCGUUUUCCUCGUCUUCUUUUUUUUCGGUGGAAGCUUGAAGUUGGAAGAAUCCGAUUAA